AUGGCUAAUGCCUCCCCAGACCUGGACAACGCGGAAGCCCAGCGCCAGCUCAACAACAACAAUCGACCAAUCGGCUCGGGGUUCUGGGAGACGGAGUGUACCAGCUCCAAGCUGUUUGAGUGUUCUCGCAUCAAGGCCCUGGCAGAUGAACGAGAUGCGGUGCAGAAGAAGACUUUUACCAAGUGGGUAAACUCCCAUCUGGCCAGAGUGUCCUGUCGCAUAUCUGACCUCUACAACGACCUGAAGGAUGGAUACAUGCUCACUAGACUUCUGGAGGUCCUCAGUGGAGAGUUGCUGCCGAGGCCUACACGGGGUCGUAUGCGGAUCCACUGCCUGGAGAACGUUGACAAAGCUCUCCAGUUUCUUAAAGAACAGAGGGUUCACCUUGAAAAUGUUGGUUCCCAUGACAUUGUGGAUGGAAACCACCGCCUCACCCUGGGCCUUAUCUGGACCAUCAUCCUACGCUUUCAGAUCCAGGUGAUUAAAAUAGAGACAGAGGACAACCGAGAAACUCGCUCUGCCAAGGAUGCCCUGCUGCUCUGGUGCCAGAUGAAGACUGCAGGGUACUCUGAGGUCAACAUCCAGAAUUUCACCACCUGCUGGAGAGACGGCCUCGCCUUCAAUGCCCUUAUACACAGACACAGACCUGACCUGAUAGAGUUCCACAAGUUGACACGGUCCAAUGCAACCCAUAACCUCCAGCAAGCCUUCAACAUCGCUGAGCAGCAGCUGGGCCUCACCAAACUCCUGGACCCUGAAGAUGUGAACACAGAGAACCCAGACGAAAAGUCCAUCAUCACCUAUGUGGUCUCCUACUACCACUACUUUUCCAAGAUGAAGGCUCUUAUUGUGGAGGGCAAGAGGGUUGGCAAGGUGCUAGACAAUUGUAUUGAGGCAGAGAAGAUCAUCAACCGCUAUGAGGCUCUGGCGUCCGACCUGUUGGACUGGAUAGAAAAGACCAUUGCGGUCAUCAGCAACCAGAAGUUUGCCAACUCGCUAACCGGAGUUCAGCAGCAGCUGCAGGCCUUCACAACCUACUGCACCAUAGAGAAACCCAUCAAGUUUCAGGAGAAGGGGAAUCUUGAGGUCCUUCUCUUCACCAUCCAAAGCAAACUCAGAGCCAACAACCAGAAACCCUAUGUGCCUCAUGAUGGGAAGCUCAUCUCAGACAUCAACAAGGCCUGGGAGAGGCUGGAGAAGGCGGAACAUGAGAGGGGCGUGGCUCUGCGAAAGGAGCUGAUUCGUCAGGAGAAGCUGGAGCUGCUGGCUCAGUGCUUUGACCACAAAACCACCAUGAGACAAGCUUGGCUCAAUGAGAACCAGAGACUUGUAUCUCAGGACAAUUUUGGUUAUGACCUACCAGCAGUUGAGGCAGCAAUGAAGAAACACGAGGCCAUUGAGGCAGACAUAGCCUCGUAUGAAGAGCGAAUUGGCGUGGUGGUGGAACUUGCCUCAGAGAUGGAAGCCGAAGGAUACUACGACAUCCGGCGUAUCUCGGCACGCAAGGAGAACAUCCUGGGCCAGUGGAGUCUGCUGAAGGAGUUGGUGGCUGGGAGGAGGACCCGGCUGGAGAAGAACCUGGCCCUGCAGAAGACUUUUCAGGACAUGGUCUACAUGAUCGACUGGAUGGAGGAUACACAGGUUCAGCUGCUGUCGAAGGAUUUUGGGAAGCAUCUUCUGGAGGUGGAUGACCUGCUGCAGAAACACAGUCUGCAGGAAGCCGACAUUGCAGUGCAGGCUGAGAGGGUCGAGACACUCAACACCGCUGCUCUCAAAUUCACCACUAUAGAGGGUUACCAACCGUGUGACCCACAGGUGAUUUGUAAUCGUGUCAACCAUGUCUCUUCCUGUCUGGAGGAGCUGAAACAACUGGCAGCUAAAAGACGUGCAGAGCUUGAGGAGUCGAGACAACUGUGGGCCUUCUUUCAGGUAGGAUGGGAGCUGGAGGAGUCGGAGGCCUGGAUCAGGGAGAAGAGCUCCAUUCUGGGAGCUCAGGGUUAUGGGAAGGACCUGAGCAGUGUGCUGAAAUUACUACAAAAACACAAGACUCUGGCUGGAGAACUGCUGGCUCACCGGUCAUUGCUGCAGAACACCAUGAAGCGAGGAAAGCAGAUCCUGAGUGAGAAAAGCUUUGGGACGGCAGGGAUCCAGGAGCGCAUCAUGGAGGUGAAGGGCGAGUGGAAGAGGCUGGAGGACCAGGCCGCGCAGCGUCUUGGUCACCUACAGGAGGCGCUACACUUUUUUCAGUUCUCCACAGAGACGGACGACUUGGUAGCGUGGCUGCAGGACGCUUACCGCCUGGUCUCCAGUGAAGACUUUGGACAUGAUGAGUACUCCACCCAGUCCCUGCUGAAGAAACACAGAGGGGUCAGCGAGGCCAUAGACAAACAUCGCGUGCAUGUAGUGGCACUGCGCAAACACAUGGUGGCGCUGCCUAUGCGGUACCGUGAACAGGAGGAGGUGCAGAUGCGUAUGGGAGAGGUGGAGCAGCUGUAUACGGAAGUGGUCGAGGUGGCGGUACUCAGACAGCAGUGGCUUCACGACGCCCUCGCCGUCUACCGUAUGUUCAGCGAGGUCAAUGCCUGUGAGCUGUGGAUUGAUGAGAAAGAGCAGUGGCUGGACAAGAUGGAGAUCCCAGAAAGACUGGAGGACGUGGAGGUGGUGGCACACAGAUUUGAGAGCCUGGAUCAGGAGAUGAACAGCCUGAUGGGAAGGAUCCUGGAUGUUAACCAGAUAGUUCAGCAGCUCCUGGAUGGUGGUCAUCCGUCUUCUACAGAGGUCAGAGGUUGUCAGGACCACCUCAACUCCAGGUGGAACAGCAUUGUGGAGCUGGUUGAGCAGAAGAAAGAUCAGCUGGACUCGAUGUUACGCCUGCAGAACUACCUGCUGGAGUGUGCCGAGAUCAAGUCCCAGAUCCAGGACAAGAGAAAAGCCAUCGACGCCACUCAGUACAUGGGCAGUGACCUUGGAGGAGUCCUGUCUCUGCAGAGACGCCUGUCCACAAUGGAAGGAGCCCUGUCUGUCCUGGAGCCCAAACUACUGCAUCUACAGGAAGACGCAGAGCAUCUCGCCACCAGCCACCCAGGUCGGGCCAUGGAGAUUCUCGUACCGUUCGAUGGCAUCAGUGUGGAGUGGGAGGAGCUGAAACGCACUUUGCAGGGCUGUGAGGACUCGCUGAUGGUGGCUAGCAGGCUGCAGAGCUUCAUACAGGACCUGGACUCGUUCCUCACCUGGUUGGUCCAGACGCAGACGUCCGCCGCUUCAGACCAGCUGCCCAACGACCUGGAAGAGGCAGAGAAACUGAUUAACAAACACGCUGCCCUAAAGGAGGAGAUUGGACGGUAUGAAGAGGACUACGAGCGCCUCCAGGCCAUGAACGAGCUGCUGGAGUCCGAGGAGGCUCCUCUCCCUCAGGCCGCCCUGCAGCAGUGGCUCCAGAAGCUCGAUGUCGGCUGGAACAAGCUGCUGGAGAUGUGGGAGAGCAGGAGAGAGGUUCUAGUCCAGGCUCACAUUUUCCAUCUGUUCCUGCGAGAUGUCAAACAGGCCGAGUCUUUCCUCAACAACCAGGAGUCUGCCCUUGCUCACGUGGAGCUACCCACCACAGUGGAAACAGUCGAAGCUGCCAUAAAGAAACACAAGGACUUUACCACCACCAUGGAGCUGAACCUGCACAGGAUCAAAGCUGUGAUCGAGGCCGGAGAGAGCCUGAUCAGCCAGAGUAACAUCUACUCUGAACGCAUCAGGGAACGCAUUGACACGCUCGCCAACAGGGGAAACCAGAACCGCGAGCUGGCCCAGCAGUGGCUGGAAAAACUGAACGACCAGUGGGGACUUCAGAGGUUUCUUCAGGACUGUCAUGAGCUGGGGGACUGGGUGUGUGAGAAGAUGCUAAUGGCGAGGGACAGCAGUCGAGACGAGACCCAGAAGCUUCAUAAGAAAUGGCUGAAGCACCAGGCCUUUAUGGCCGAGUUGGCCCAGAAUAAGGAAUGGCUGGAUAAAAUUGAAAAGGAGGGCCAGCAGCUGAUCCAGGAGAAGCCAGAGCUCAGCCCGGUGGUUCGGAAGAAGUUGGAGCAGAUCAGGGAGUGCUGGCAGGAUCUGGAGAGCACCACCCAGGCUAAAGCCCGCCAGCUCUUUGAGGCCAACAAGGCUGACCUGCUGGUGCAGAGCUACGAAAGCCUGGACCAGAGACUGGGCCAGCUGGAGGGUCAACUGGUUUAUGUGGACCAGGCACAGGACCUCACCACUGUCAACAAGCAGCUGAAAAAACUACAGACUAUGGAGAGCCAGAUGGAGGAGUGGUAUAAGGAGGUGGGGCAGCUCCAGGUGCAGGUGGCCUCCAUCCCGCAGCAGACGCAGAUCAAAGAGACGGUUGCUGGGCGUCAGGCCGUCGUGGAGGCCAGGAUGGUGCGUCUGAUUGAGCCGCUGAAGGAGAGACGACGCAUCCUGCUGGCGGCCAAGGAAGUUCACCAAGUCGGACGAGACCUGGAGGAUGAGAUUUUGUGGAUCCAGGAGCGCCUCCCGAUGGCCAUGUCUCAGGAGCACGGCUCCAGUCUGCAGGCAGUCCAGCAGCUCAUGAAGAAGAACCAGACACUUCAGAGGGAGCUACAAGGCCACAGGAGCAGGAUCGAGGACGUGCUGGAAAGGGCGGGAAUCAUCGCUUCCAUACGUAGCCCAGAGGCCGACUGUGCCAGGGCGGGACAUGACCAGCUGGCCCAGCUGUGGGCUCUGCUCUGGGCCGAGACCGAGAGGAGGCAGCUGGUCCUGGACGCCAUGUACCAGGCCCAGCAGUACUACUUUGACACGGCAGAGGUGGAAGCCUGGCUGAGCGAGCAAGAGCUGCACAUGAUGAAUGAGGAGAAGGGGAAGGACGAGCCGAGCACACUGCAGCUGCUGAAAAAACACUUGGUCCUGGAACAGACCAUCGAGGACUACGCAGAGACCAUCGGCCUGCUGUCACAGCAGUGUCGACAGCUGCUGGAGAUGGGGCAUCCAGACUGCGAGCAGAUCAGUAAGCGUCAGUCGCAGAUCGACCGUCUGUACGUGUCUCUGAAGGACCUGGUGGAGGAGAGAAAAAGCCGUCUGGAGCAGCAGUACUGGCUCUACCAGUUAAACAGGGAGGUGGACGAGCUGGAGCAGUGGAUUGCUCAGAGGGAGGUGGUAGCCAGCUCGCCCGAACUGGGUCAAGACUUUGAGCAUGUCACUGUCCUGCAGGAGAAGUUUACAGAGUUUGCAUCAGAGACGGGCAGUGUGGGUCAGGAAAGAGUGACGGCGGUCAACCAGAUGGUGGACGAGCUCAUUGACUAUGGUCACUCAGAGGCCGCCACCAUCGCUGAGUGGAAGGAUGGGGUGAAUGAGGCCUGGGCCGACCUGCUGGAGCUCAUGGAGACCCGGGCGCAGAUGCUCGCCGCCUCACACCAGCUUCACAAGUUUUUCUCUGACUGCAGAGAGGUUUUGGCCCAGAUUGAGGACAAACAUCGAAGGCUGCCGGAGGUUCGGGCUCGGCAGGGAAGCACUGCCAACACCACUACCCUGCAGAGACUCCUGCACAGCUUUGAACAGGACAUACAGCUGCUGGUCACACAAGUGCGUCAGCUGCAGGAGAGUGCGGCCCAGCUGAGGACGGUGUACGCCGGCGAAAAGGCCGAAGCCAUUGCAUGCCGCGAGCACGAAGUGAUGCAGUACUGGAAAGAGCUGCUGACGUCCUGCGAGGAGUGUCGAGUACAGAUUACCACUGAGACAGACAAGCUGAGGUUCUUUGGCAUGGUCCGAGAUCAGAUCAUGUGGAUGGACUCGAUCAUCUGUCAGAUAGGGACAGGAGAGAAGCCCAGAGAUGUGUCCUCAGUAGAGGUGCUGAUGAAUUAUCACCAAAGUCUGAAGAGUGAAGUGGAGGCUCGCAGCCGGAGCACCCUGGAGUGUAUCGAGAUGGGCAAAACCCUGCUGGCUGCUAGAAACCCAGCAGCUGAAGAGAUCAAGGAGAAGCUGGACAAGGUGGUUGCUAAGCAACAUGAGCUUUCUGAGAAGUGGGACAAGCACUGGGAUUUCCUACAGCAAUUGUUGGAGGUUCACCAGUUUGCCCAGGAGGCGGUAGUAGCGGAAGCUUGGCUGACCGCUCAGGAGCCGUUCAUCAACAGUAAGGAGCUGGGUGGCAGUGUAGACGAGGUGGAGCAGCUGAUUCGUCGACAUGAAGCCUUCCGCAAAGCCGCUGCCACCUGGGAAGAGCGAUUCAGUUCACUGCGACGACUCACCACGGUAGAAAAGUUGAAAGCAGAGCAAAGCAAACUACCCCCGACUCCUCUGCUGGGCCGUAAAGUCUUCCUGGACCCCCAAGAUGCCUUACCCAGUCCGUCCAUCCUCCCCCGCCUCCCUAUCUCCCCCGUCACAAGACAGACCAUCUAUGAACAGAACGAAGCCAGCUCUCCUCCCUCACCCUCACCCGCCACGCCUACACCCUCUCCUUCAUCUGUGGCUUGUCGGCUGGGGUCGACAGUUGCUAACUACACCCCUGUGAUGAACGGCUCCAGCUACCGGCACACCCUGGAGGCACGGCGCACUGGGGUAGUGGGUGUGGCCGCUGGACUGGGGCAGCCCGCACCUGCCUCGAUUGCCUCAGUUGCCACGGCUGCCAUGUUAGUCUCAGCCAACCAGGCGCGGGAGAGCGCCAGCGCCACGAAAGACCAAGCAACAAAGGCAAUGAGUCACCUCCAGCCACCGCAGGCAGCUAGGACCCUGGAGGUGAAAUCGUCCCCGUAUCUACGGCAACCCAAAAUCAAACACUUGGAUGAUGCAGUGACUCCGCUGCUCGUGGCCAGCCGGCUGGAGAAAGCGAGGGAGAGGGGGAGGGAGAUGAUGAUGGGAGAGAUAGGGACAGAGAGAGCGGAGGUGGCUGUGAUGGCCGAGGUGGUGCUCCAGGAGCCGGGCCGGGAGCGUCUGCACAGUGAGCCUACCAGAGGGCCUCGGGGGUCCAGGACUGACCCGUUGGGUCAGGCUGAGCCUCAGGUCCAGACCCACACUUUGCACAGGGACCACAGGAUAGAACGGCAGCUGUCCAGCGAGCAGCUGAUCCAGGCACGCAGGGACGAGCUGCCUCAGGAGGUGUGGAGAGAACAUGCCGAGAGGCGGGACAAACGGACGCUGGAGAGACAAACGUCCAGCGAGCAGGAGGGCCAUGGGAGCCACGGGGGCCACGGGGGCCACGGGGGCCACGAAGGCCGGCGGAGAGAGAGGGACCGACACCGAGCAGAAAGACAAGAAUCCAGUGAGCAUGACACCGGAAAGGAGCACUCAGACAGACGCUCAGGAGGAGGAGAAAAGAGGUCCACCAUGGCAGAAAUUGUAGAGCAGCUGCAAGAAAGAGAAGCAGCACAGGUUUGGAGUGACUCCAUCACCCCUCCUCAGGCCCGUGGUGAGGUGCCCCGCCUGCCUAAUGGGGUACCAGAAAAGUCUUCCCGUCCCGACCGGCCUCGAGCUCGGGACAGACCCAAACCACGGCGCCGACCACGACCCAAAGAGCCAGGAGAGACGACGCGGCGGUCCAGGUCUGCUCCGGCCCAGAGCAGCCCGGCAGUCCCCCAGCCGCCAACACAUACCGCACACCAUGAGGGCUUCCUUUUCCGCAAGCUGGACAUCGAGAGCCUGAAGAAGAGCACCAAUAGGUCAUGGGUCAACCUGUACUGCGUGCUGAACAAAGGGGAGAUGGGUUUCUACAAGGACGCCAAGAACACUACCACGCCCUACAACAACGAGCCGCUGCUCAACCUCUCCCACUGCCACUGCGACGUCACCAACGGCUACAAGAAGAAGAAGAACGUCUUCACGCUCAAAACGAAGGACGGCAGUGAGUUUUUGUUUCAUGCAAAAGAUGAGGACGACCUCAAAGCUUGGGUGACCAACAUCACCGCCAGUAUUUCAGAGCACGAGGAGAUUGCCAAAUGGGGUCAGCCCCAACCAACUACCUCAUCCACCGACGAGGGCACACGGCGUGAUGGCAGUAAGGCGGACAACAGGUCGGAGCGAGGUGGCGAGCGCUCGGACCGGGCCGAGCGGAUUGAGCGGGCAGAAAAAGAAAGGGAGAAAGAGAGAGAGAAGGAGAGGGAGAGAGGGGAACGGUCGGAGAGGUCAGAUCGGGCCGGAAAGUCGGAAACGAAGCGCUCAGAAAAGUCGAGUAAGAAAAAGUGAGCCGGGUGACGGAUUGGUUUGAAGCAUAUGAACUCCGGAUAGGAGGUGGGGCCGUAGACUGGUAGUGAACGUCCCCCUCCGUCUCUCCGCAUCCAACACUGUCAACAAAUCGGUUGUGUUUGGAUGGACACACAGGACAGAAGGAUUGACCCAGGCUCACUCAUAGGACGGACAGGACGGAUUUGGAGCAGGAGACAUCUUUCUCUCUCUCUCUCUCUCUUAUCUUCUGUGUCUCUGUGAGAACACACAGAGUCACUGAUGCCUCGCUGAUGCCCCCCCCCCCCCCCCCCCCCCCCCCCCCCCCCCUCCCCCCCACCCGGUGGCUGUUUAAGAGAACUUCUUCAGAGAGAGUUUCGUGCUGCUGAACCCCUGGCAGCAUUAACGCAAGAGAGAGACGGGACGCGCAUCAUGUUAACUCAAAGGCUGUUACUGACUGCUGGUAGUGCGAUAAAACGUAGCUCAUUCUGGUCCAUGUUUGUUUUUUCUAUGAGAUGUAUCUGUAUGUAUUUCUUGUCUGUCAGUCCUAUCUACUGUAGGCCUAUCUAUCUGUGUGUCUGUAAGUUGAGACAUCCUACACUAUGUCUUAUUACUCCUCGGAAAUCAAAAGUGUCCAAAAUCCAAAAUGUUUUACAGAAGUUCAAAUUUAGAGAAACCUUUUUGUUAACUGUUUUCCCCACUUUGGCCGAUCCGUCUUGAGGUCUGGUCGUGAGAAAAUGGGGAAUUGAAACUGGUUUUACUUUGAUACCAAACAGCACUAAACCACAUUCAUCCAAACGCACCGUGGAUGAAUCAGCGCUGAUAAACAGCUACAGUACUGUGCUGAUUCUGGGAAGGUGGAAAGAUGAUGAUGAUGAUUUAAGAUAAGAGAAGAGUAGAUGGCGGACCAGGGCGAUGGUCUUCAAAACAAUCAGGAAUGCAAGGGGAAAACAGAGAAUUUUAAUCAUUGCUCAGAAGAAAUACAUCAUAGAAACACAUCCAUGUUAAGGAUAGCCAAAUCUUGACCUUAGGAAAGAUCACAACAACACACAAAAUUAGCUUGAAAUUUUCUUACAGUUAAUGUUGAAAUCUGCACAGGAAGAGCAAACAGAACCGCUUCUCUUCGUUUAUGUAUCAUUUAUUUAGGAUUAAAGACUUUCUCUAGUGAACAUUUCAGCAAGACAGAGGGAUCACCAGGUGUUCAACAUAAAGACUACAGUCUAAGUCUAAUUUAUUUUUACAAAACAAACGUGUGUACAGUUCUUGGAUCAGUGAUCAGAAAGUAAUUUUAAAAAAUAGACUUAUUCUGAUAGAUUCUGGUUCCCAGGGGCCUCAUUCGUUAAAAUGUUGUCUAAAUUAACUUUAAGUAAUGUUUAAGAUGAAACAGCAAAUAAAUAUAGCUUUCAUAUUUUGGGUAACUGUUGAGGUUUUAUGUUUUGAUAGAAAAUUGGUGUAAUCUGCUCUUUUUAGCAUCAGGAUCAGUUUUCCAUAAAUUACAUGUUUGACUUUGGUCAUAAGCACAAAAUCUGCACCUGGCAUGAUUUUAACGAAUGAGGCCCUCGGGCUGAAAAUAGGCCUCAUCUACUCUUUUAUUCUCUUAUAACAUCAAAAUACUCUUUUGAUAUUAUCUUUGAUUUAUUCACACAAAUCUGUUGCAUCCUUUUUUUUAUACAAAAAUAUCUGUGUGUGUG